AUGUCACGCGAUGAAGCCAAGCUUCACUUCACCGCAAGCGAUUCUGCCCGAGUCGAUAAAGUGACAGUUGGUGCUACGAUAUUGCGACAUGACACUUCAAACGCCAGCAUCCUUCUCCUCAAACGCAACUCGGACGAGAAACACUAUCCAGGCAUUUUCGAAAUGCCCGGAGGAAAGGUCGACGCAACGGACCCAAAUAUCUGUGACGCCAUCAUACGCGAGGUUAUCGAAGAGACCAAAAUGAAGGUAUCGGAUAUUACCACUCCGUUGUCUCACAUAGGAUACACCACGGAGAAGCUCGAAAGAACACCGACAGGGCAAGAGAAGAUCGUGAAGCGCCAUGCUCUCCAGCUGAGCUAUGUUGUUACGGUCGAAGGAACAGACUUCCAAGUUGAGAAGAAGGAGCACUCGAUGGGGAUUUGGGCCACCCGUGACAGUCUCAAUCAGAUUCCCAUCACCUCGGAAAUGAAAAAGCUUGUGUUGGAAGCUCUGGACUUUGCGGACGGCGUACGAAAAGCACUUUCAUGA